UACCCUGGGGACAAGGUACCGUGCGACAUGCUGGAGCCUGAAGGCAAGGAUGUGCCCCGUGGGGACAGCACAUCUUUGGCAGAGGGGACAGUCCCCACGUUGCAGCUCUUCCUGGGUUGCAGCCCUAUUUUUCAAGCGUGGGGACCAACGUGUCCCGGGUGAAACAAAGCACCUCUUAUACCUGGGAACGAGGAAGCAGGGCUGGCCCUAUUGUCACUGCACCCUGAGGGGAAGAGCCAUGGCCCCAUCCUUGCCUUCAGGCCUUGGACCCUGCAGGGGUGGGCGGCAGGGAAGGGGUUAUCGCCGCGGCCCCACGCAGCUCUGCCUCCCUCCCCACGCCAUAGCCUGCCUCCUCCCAGCCCCUCUGGCACUCUGCGCCCGCCGAGGUCGCGGCCGGAUCCCUGCCAGCCCCUGGGGGAGCAGCUCGCAAAGGAGGUGCUUUUGCUGGGUAAAGGUUUCGGUUGGGUUUGUUUUGUCGCCGGCGGGAGAUAAGUGGUGCUCAGCGCUCCGUGUUUGCGCUGGGUUUGGGGGAUUACUGCCUCCCGGCCGUGUCCUUCGGCUGCUUCGCUCUGCGGUGCGACUGGGCAGCGCUGUGCGCCACGGAUCGGGAGGUAUUUGGGGUAUCUGUGGUAUUUGGGGUGUUCUCUGGGGCUGCUUCUUUGCACCCUUCCACUGGGAUGAGCGCAGGGAUGGCGAUGCAGUGAUGCUCCUCUCCAUGCUCACUCAUCCUCACCUUGCACCUCAAUAACCACCCUGUGCUCUGUCUCGCUGCAGUGCUGCUGCCCCUGGACACACCAGGACCCCCGUGCCCCGUCCCACCUGCAGGUCCUUGUCCCUGUGUGCCCAGGGGGGGCUGUCUGCACACCACCACCAUGCUGGCACCACCAGGCAGCCUGGAGCUGUGGGCAUCAGAGCCCCUCACCUUCAGCCUCUGGGAUUACGGUGUGUUCGGGCUGAUGCUGCUCGUCUCCACGGGCAUCGGGCUGUUCCAUGGGCUGUCCAAGGGAGGCCAGAAGACCUCAGAGGACUUCUUCAUGGGCGGCCGGCGCAUGGCAGCAGUGCCAGUGGGGCUCUCGCUGUCGGCCAGCUUCAUGUCAGCCAUCCAGGUGCUGGGGGUGCCAGCUGAGGCGUACCGCUACGGCUCCAAGUUCCUCUGGAUGUGCCUGGGGCAGCUGCUCAACACGCUGCUCACUGCAUACCUCUUCUUGCCCGUCUUCUACCGCCUGGGGCUCACCAGCACCUAUGAGUACCUGGAGUGGAGGUUCGGACGGAGCGUGCGGCUCUGCGGGACGCUGCAAUACGUGAUGGCUACGACUCUGUACACAGGGAUCGUCAUCUAUGCUCCUGCUCUGAUCCUCAACCAAGUGACCGGUUUGGACAUCUGGGCGUCCCUGCUCUCCACUGGCGCCAUCUGCACCUUUUACACCACCAUAGGCGGGAUGAAGGCUGUCAUCUGGACCGACGUCUUCCAGGUCUUCGUCAUGCUCUCUGGGUUCCUCGCCGUCAUCAUCCGGGGGCUGUUGCUUGUGGGGGGCCCCACCAGGGCACUGGCCAUCGCCACCAACGGCUCCAGGGUGAACUUUGGAGACUUUGACCUCGACCCACGGAGCCGUUACACCUUCUGGACCUUCCUGCUGGGCGGCACGCUGGUCUGGCUCUCCAUGUAUGGCGUGAACCAGGCUCAGGUCCAGCGCUACGUGGCCUGCAAGAGCGAGAAGGAGGCGAGGAUAGCGCUGCUGGUCAAUCAAGUGGGGCUCUUCUGCAUCGUCUCCAGCGCGGUGGCCUGUGGCCUUGUGAUGUUUGUGCUCUACAAGGACUGUGACCCCCUCCUGGCCGGCCACAUCUCGGCCCCUGACCAGUACAUGCCCUACCUGGUCCUCGACAUCUUCCAGACGUCCCCUGGGGUACCCGGACUGUUCCUGGCCUGUGCCUACAGUGGGACCCUGAGCACCGCCUCCACCAGCAUCAACGCCAUGGCAGCCGUCACUGUGGAGGACCUGGUGAAGCCCCGGCUGCCCACGCUGUCACCAAGGAGGCUGAUGCUGAUCUCCAAGGGGCUGUCACUGUUCUAUGGCAUUGCUUGCAUCACGGUGGCUGCGCUGGCUUCGCUGCUGGGCGGUGGUGUGCUGCAGGGCUCCUUCACCGUCAUGGGGGUCAUCGGCGGCCCUCUGCUGGGAGCCUUCGUGCUGGGCAUGUUUGUGCCAGCGUGCAACACAGCUGGUGUGUUCGGGGGUCUGAGUGUCGGCCUCGCGCUCUCGCUGUGGGUGGCAGUGGGUGGCAGCCUCUACCCGGCCCCUGCCGACGUUGCUGGUGUCCUGCCUGCCUCUGGAGCCCACUGCCCUCUCUACAACCGCACCGCCAGCACCAACCACACGCUGCUGCUGGGACCACUGCCCCCCCAGCGCCCCGGCACAGAGCCUGCAAGGCCUCCCAUCGUGGGUGACUUCUAUGCCAUCUCCUAUCUGUACUACGGGGCACUGGGGACGCUCUCCACUGUGCUGGCAGGAGUGCUGCUCAGCUACCUGGCAGGGCCCACCAAGCGAGCACAGCUGCCCCCAGGUGUGCUUUGGUGGGACAUCACCAAGCAAACAUCCUCUGUGUCCCCAGCUGGGGGUGCAGCGCCUUCAGGGGGGUGUCCCACCAAGGUCUGCAGAGACCUUCAGGGGGGGCCGUGUCCCGAAGCCCCCCCGGUGCUGCUGGGGCUGGGAGGGCAGGCACAGCCCCCCCCAGCACCGCGGGGUCACCGAGCAGCUGCUGCAGGAAAGCCACGUGUAGGGACACGGACGGCGGAGGGGGGACAUGGGGGAGGGGCACGGGCACCGAUGCCCACCCGCUGUGUCGGUGUCGCCCCUCCGGGAGGGGACAAUAAAUGA